GUUCGUGUGAUCCACCACGUACGGUAAAAGUUGCAGUAACUGAGUAUAAAAAUACAUAACUCGUGUUAAUCUGUGAAUACUAUACAAAAAAUAUCAACGAUGGCUUACAUCCAGAUAUUGGUGAUCGUGGUGUGCUCUUGCUUCCUACAGGAAGCGCUUUUAGCCCAACCAAAAGCUCCGGCCAAUGGCGCGCAGCAGUACUCGGGCCCCGAUGUCCGGCAAUCGGUCCCGCCGUCCCGGCCGCUGAGGCGGGCGACGAUGGUGAAGCGGACCGUGUCCCGAAAGCCGACCGCCGUGGCUCAAGAGCCGCUUCCGCCUCCGCCGCCCAAGUACCCGUACCUGACCGCGGUGAAGGACAAGCUGUGGAGCACGUGGGAGGACAUCAACCGGGACGCCAUCGGCAAGCUGAGCACCAGGGCGAUCAGGAACGCGGUCGGCCACAUGCUCGCCGACGAUCUGUUCUGGUCGACGGCUACGGCCUUUGUCAGGAGGCGCGGCAAGAUCACCAACGACAGUGAGCGAGCCGACAAAAAGAUCCAGACGUGCAACGCGAUCACGUCCAUCUUCACCAGCCCGAACGCCAUGGAAGGAUUCAAGGACGUGGUCAACGACGCGUACGGCACGGUGACCCGCUUGCAAUCGGACGUGGGCGUGGAAGCCCUGAACGUGGCCACCGAAAUGGUCAACAACGGCGAGGUGACCAACAUCCUGGACACGAUCACCGACGCCGUGACCAACGUCAAUCUCAGACCGGAGAUGUUGAUCAAGGGAUUCGCCAUGCUCCACAAGACGCUCAACAUGGGCGGUAAGAUAAACAUGAGCGAUAACAUGGCCAGGGGCCUGAUGUCCAUCACGUCCAGGUUCAACAAGUAGCCCGACCAAAAUUUAAGUGCCCGACAGAUAAUAUAAUAUAUAAUAUUUUAAUGUAGUCAUCGCGUCAACUCUGUGUAAUAAUAGUAAUAAUAAUAAUAAUGUCGUUUGCGCGCAUGCGUAAUAUAGUGUAAUAGGUACACUCUUCUUACGGGUACACUUACGCUUAAAAAUUGUUAAAAUACAGGUACACAUAGGUACCUAACUAUUGUUACGAUUAUUUACCGACGAUGUAUAUACAUCCGAUCAGCGAAGUUCAUCGUAUGUAUACCUAUAUAAAAAUACCUAUUCGCUAUAAUACGUACAACGUACUUAAACAAUAAUAUAUGUCAUGUGCCGCGUUAUAUAAUAUUAUAUUGUUCGAGCAAUCGCUCCUCAUUGCACACGUAACCAUAAUAUAUUAUUAUACAUAAAAUACCUGUAUGAGAUUAUUAUUUUGAAUAUAUUAUAAUUAAUAUACAUAAACAAUACACAUUAUACAUAUAUUGAUAUAUAUUAAUAUUAUCGACAUUAUAUUAUAUACAUAAACUCGA